CUUAUAACUACGAUAAGAGCAGGCCCAAUCCGAAUUAAGGCUUAUAAAAGGAGUCGCCGCAAGGCACCUUUCGUCACUAGAGUCAACCAUGAAGACCCUCGUACUCUGUCUCCUUGUUGCCGGGGCCUUCGCUGCCCCUUCUCGCAAACCCACGUUCCGUCGGGGUCUCAAUAGGAUCGUCGGUGGACAGGAAGCCACACCAGGGCAGUUCCCGUAUCAGCUCAGCUUCCAGGACACAUCUUUUGGAUUCGAUUUCCAUUUCUGUGGAGCGUCCAUCUACAGUGAGAACUGGGCUGUAUGUGCGGGACACUGUGUCCAGGGAGAAAACAUGAACAACCCGGAUUACCUUCAGAUUGUGGCUGGUGAACACGAUCUGAACACGGACGACGGUAACGAGCAGAAAAUUGUCCUCUCCAAGAUUAUCCAGCACGAGGAUUAUAACAGCUUUACCAUUAGUAACGACAUUUCACUUCUCCAGCUUUCCAAGCCUCUGACUUUCAAUGACAGGGUUAGAGCUAUCGGUCUAAGGAGCAACAAAGAACACAUGGGUGACUGCGUGGUGUCAGGCUGGGGCACCACCAAGGAGGGAGGCCAUAGUCCCUCAAAGCUGCACUAUGUUGAAGUCCCCACCGUCUCGGACGCUUAUUGUCGUGAUGCCUAUGGCAAAAACGAUAUCGAUGACUCCAUGAUCUGUGCUGGAGUAUCCGAAGGAGGUAAGGACGCUUGCCAGGGCGAUUCUGGUGGGCCUUUGGCGUGUGACGGUCUCCUGACUGGCAUUGUGUCCUGGGGCUACGGCUGUGCUCGUCCUGACUACCCAGGGGUUUACAGUGAGGUAGCCUACUUUAAGGAUUGGGUCGAAAAUAACGUUCAAUAAACAUUGUUUGCUCAGAGUUUCAGUUAUAAAUAAAGACACCAAAACAUGAAGAA